AUGGGCCUCUUGUUUAUCAAUGUUGUCAUUUUCUUCAGCAGUAUAGAACAUGAUACAAAUUUUAUAUUUUCUGAAUCUGAACAGGGGUAUGUGGUAAAGUUCAAUGCUAACCAGCGCUAUGCAACCACAGCCAUCACCACCGCUAUUCUAAGGGAGGUGGCCAAGGCCGCUGGAGUACCAUUACAGGAUUUUGUAGUGAAGAAUGACUCGCCAUGUGGUUCAACCAUUGGUCCUAUCAUGUCUGCCAAACUAGGGAUGCCAACCAUUGAUAUUGGGGCUCCUCAGCUUAGCAUGCAUUCUAUCCGUGAGAUGUGUUGUACCUCUAGUAUCUACCAGGGUGUCCAGCUGUUCCAGGGAUUUUUUGAGAACUAUCCUCGAGUGUUUGCCUCGAUGAACAUGUGAGCCCGUCUUUGAUGACAGUGUCCAUCAUUCAGGCAGCAAAUAUAUACAAGAUCAAAGGAGAUAACUCCAGUGAAAUGGUGAUAACUUUGACCUGUGAUACAGCUAUCUAAAGUAUGAUAUAUACUGAACAUUCUCUAUAAUUUAUCUUCUAUUUAUAUUGUACACAUUAUCCCGAUUCAUAUCUGCUGUAAUAAUACCUAAUGACUACUGUAAUAAUACCUGCCUUUAUACUGUAGUAAUACCUGUAUUAGGUAGAACUGACAUAUUGUCUCUUGUUGUGCUGUAUUUUUGACAGAUUUUUAUAUGAAUGUGUGUGAAAUUCAUCUAUUUUGUUUGCUUAUAAUGAGAUAAAAUGUAUGAGAUUUUGUUUGCAUUAAGUAUUAUCAUGUAAAACUGGAUGAUGUUUUAUAAACAGACACCAUGUAAAAUAGGAAUAUUAAUUACCUAUCAGUUUAUUCAGAAUGCAAUUGAUGUUGAACUUUAUUUGUGGGGUUAUUCAUUUAAUUAGCUUUAGAUCUUCUCAAGAUCUCUCAAUCACUCCACAUUUUCAUGUUUUGUAAUCAAACUGUGAUCAGUCAUGGUAAUCUUUAUUGGGUAGAUUUUCUAGCCAGAAUUCAACCCUUAAAUUGAUUCCAGUGUUCAAUGUAUCUGAAGGUUUAUAAGAUCCAAUAGUACAUGUAAUGUACCUGAAGGUUUAUAAGAUCCAAUAGUACAUGUUAUGUACCUGAAGGUUUAUAAGAUCCAAUAGUACAUGUAAUGUACCUGAAGGUUUAUAAGAUCCAGUAGUACAUGUAAUGUACCUGAAGGUUUAUAAGAUCCAAUAGUACAUGUAAUGUACCUGAAGGUUUAUAAGAUCCAAUAGUACAUGUAAUGUACCUGAAGGUUUAUAAGAUCCAAUAGUACAUGUAAUGUACCUGAAGGUUUAUAAGAUCCAAUAGUACAUGUACCUGAAGGUUUAUAAGAUCCAAUAGUACAUGUAAUGUACCUGAAGGUUUAUAAGAUCCAAUAGUACAUGUAAUGUACCUGAAGGUUUAUAAGAUCCAAUAGUACAUGUUAUGUACCUGAAGGUUUAUAAGAUCCAAUAGUAAUGUACCUGAAGGUUUAUAAGAUCCAAUAGUAAUGUACCUGAAGGUUUAUAAGAUCCAAUAGUACAUGUAAUGUACCUGAAGGUUUAUAAGAUCCAAUAGUAAUGUACCUGAAGGUUUAUAAGAUCCAAUAGUACCUGUAAUGUACCUGAAGGUUUAUAAGAUCCAAUAGUAAUGUACCUGAAGGUUUAUAAGAUCCAAUAGUACCUGUAAUGUACCUGAAGAGUUUAAGGAUAGCAGCAAACAAAGACAUAAUCCCAAUCACUUUUUUUUUUUUUUAAUUUUGUAUGAAACAUGAAAGGUAACUUUUGUAUGUAAUGUAAAAAUAAAAGUCAUAAAUCAUUGAUCAUAUACAUGAUGUUGUGAAUUUGUUUUUUCGUUGUGCCACACUUUACAUAAACAUCAAUUUAUUGGAGGACA